UGUGAGCAUGCUAUAUAAGCGCCGCCCAGGCCUCGUGCGCUCUUUUCUGAGACCCGGCUGUGGCUGCUGUGGAGCCUUGUCUCCUCCGCUCCUGUCCUGACUCACCGCUGUUCGCUCCCCCAGAGGAACAAGUCGGUCAGGAAGCCACGCCGCAGCCAUGGCCUUUAAAGAUACCGGGAAGACGCCCGUGGAGCCGGAGGUGGCGAUUCACCGAAUUCGAAUCACUCUGACCAGCCGCAAUGUGAAGUCUCUGGAGAAAGUGUGUGCUGACUUGAUCAGAGGCGCGAAGGAAAAGAACCUCAAAGUGAAAGGCCCUGUUCGCAUGCCCACCAAGACCUUGAGAAUCACUACAAGAAAAACACCUUGUGGUGAAGGUUCCAAGACAUGGGAUCGCUUCCAGAUGAGAAUUCACAAGCGACUCAUUGACCUGCACAGUCCUUCUGAGAUUGUUAAGCAGAUCACUUCCAUCAGCAUUGAGCCAGGGGUAGAGGUGGAAGUCACCAUUGCUGAUGCCUAAAUCGGCUAUUUAAUAAAUUGACUUAACUAGUUGGUAAA